ACGGUAAGCUCAUUCUUCCCCAACUUUUUCUCUGCUCUCCAUUAUUUCUCCAACCGUGAAGUUACUUGACCACCAUCACCGGUCGACAGCGUCCCGUGGCGUCCGGCGGUUUUCAGCCACCGUGAGUCCGUCCAUCCAAAAAAUCAAAGCCAUGGAUGACGCAGAAACAAAAAAUGAAAAGAAAGAAAAAAAGAAGAAGAGGCAGAACGGAGAAAAGAUUAGGGUUAUCCUCCUUCCCCUUCUUUCUUCCUCUGGCAUCAGACGUAGCUGCUACGGGUGAUAGCGUCCCCUCUUUCCCCCUCCCUUCUUCAUCCACUUCCAUGCUUCCUCCUCCCUCAUUCCAUUUUUCCUCCCUCCUUCCCUUUUUCCUCCCCCUCCUUUCUUCCUCCUCCUUGCUUCCCUUCUUUCUCCUCCUCCCUCUUUCCUCCGCGUCCCUCUUUUCUCCCGGUCAAAAAAAAAAUUCCUGAAAAACGUUUCCACUCGGAGACCCCUCCGAGUAGAAACAUGUUUCCGGAAAUAAGUUUCUGUUUCCCAUCUCAACCACAAAAAAAAAUCCAUGUUUGAUAAAACUAAAAAUAUUUUAAAAAUUUAACAUAAAUUUCUCCUACUAUAGAGUAAAAUUUCAGCCCAUCAAACGGGACCCUACGAAAUUAUUGUUAGCUACGUCAUGCUGGCCGGUUUAUGCACAUGUCACUUUAGAAAAUUUGCACAAUGUUUAAAGAAUAAAAGAAUAUAAUAUGAUUUUAAACCACCCAAUGUUGAAAUUGGCCUAUUCCAAAUCCCUUCGGCUCAUUGACCGGUAAAAGGGUGUUUUUUUGAAAAAUAUGUUUAAUCUUUUCCUAUUUAUUUUUUUUUUUUUGCAGGUUUCCUUGUACUUUUAAAAGGAAAUAACGUGUAAUAACAUUUCUUCCUAAUUCAUUCAUUUGAAUCGGAACCCAGGCCUAUUUACCAGUAUGUCUGGCACUGCAACCUCUUUACUCAAAUCAAAUCUGACUGUUUCCGAAUUUAUUUCCGGUGUCAAGCUGCGGGGAGUCGGCCUUCCCACCUUUAUUGAUCAAAUAAUGGAGAUAACUGGAAGAAGAGAGUUCAAAACAGGCUUCCAUUGGAAGAGUUCAAAACAGUCAUCGUGUUUUUGAAUUAUUAGCAUCAUGGGGCGUACACCCACUUAAACAUUUUUGGCAAAUAAAGGUCAACUACUCAGGUCCUUGCUCAAAUUCUCUGGUUUCCUUUCUGAUCGUUAUCACCCUUGGCCUCCAAGAGUGGAUCCGUUGUAAAAGAAUGGAGGCUGAAGCCAUAGCCAGAGUCCUUGCAGCUUUAGGGUUUGCUUGGCUCUUUAAGUCCACUGUUGUUUUCUUUAUUUGGAUUUGGAAGACCUUCCUAAGGCCUGGAAGAGAGCUGAAGGAGCAUUACGGCUCAUGGGCACUGAUCACAGGCCCUACGGAUGGCAUAGGAAAAGCUCUUGCUUUUUCCCUCGGGAAAAAGGGCCUAAACUUGGUGUUGGUGGGAAGGAAUCCUGAGAAACUGGCCUCUGUUUCCCAUGAAAUACGUGAGAGUGAUGAGAAGAUAGAGGUGAAGAGCGUUGUGGUGGACUUCUCUAGAGAUAAAAUUGAUGAAGGGAUCAAGGCGAUUGAGGAGGAGAUUCAAGAUCUGGACCUUGGGGUGGUGGUGAACAACGUCGGGGUGUGCUACGCGAUGUACAUGCAUGAGGUUGGGGAAGAGCAGUUGCAGGAGUUUAUUAGGGUGAACGUGGAGGCAGCCACCAGGGUCACUCACAUGGUCCUUCCCCACAUGAUGAAGAGGAAGAAGAAGAAGAAGAAAGGAGCCAUUGUUAACAUUGGUUCAGCUGCUGCUCUGCCCUUCUGGGGUUUCCCAUUUGUCACAGUCUAUUGUGCAACAAAGAGGUUCUUAGAUAAAUUUUCUACAAGUUUGCACAUGGAAUACAAGAGACAUGGAAUCGACAUACAAUGCCAGACACCUCUGUUUGUCGCGACAAAGAUGACAGGGAUGGAGAGGUCGUUCUUUUUAGUCGCCUCAUCGGCAGAAUAUGCGGAGUCUAGCAUCCGAUGGAUGGGGUAUGAGGGGAGCUGCAACCCAUUCUGGGGUCACGCGGUGCAGUGUUGGAUAGCAAGCCUUCUUCCUCAACGUCUGCUAGAUUGUUUCCUUCUUCGCUUUUUCCAUGACCAAACGGAGAAAGCACUGCCCCGACUUGCAGAUGAAUCAUCUGCUUCAAGCACUUGAACAGUUUCAUGUUGAUGAUGGAACUGCAGAGAACUUCCUUGUCGCCGACUCACUUUUGGCGCCCAUCAGUUCAAAACAAGUGGACUCUUUUUGGACAAAAAAUAUCAUCAUUUGGUAUGCUCAGACGUUGAUCUUGCACAUCUACCAUCUCCUUUUCCUUCGCAGGUUUGUAAGUGUUGCUCGCAGUUGGUUCAUUUUGUGAACUAUUGUAUCUGUUGUCCACCCUGAUACACUGUAUUGAAGCACUUACCCGUGCAUAGCACAACCGAAACAUCAAACAUGAAAUUAUUA